AUGUUGGAUCCAAGUGAUAAAGGAUCAGAGUCUGAAGAAAUGAGUAGCAAAUCACAAGAAACAGAUAACCCACAAAAGAAAACUUGUGCUGAUUGUGGUACUUCAAAGACUCCUCUUUGGAGAGGUGGUCCAGCUGGUCCCAAGUCACUGUGCAAUGCUUGUGGGAUUAGAAGCAGAAAAAAGAAGAGAGAUGUUUUAGGGUUGAAUAAAGGAGCAGCAAAUGACAAGAGAGCGAAAAAAGGAAGUAACAAUAACAACAAUAAUAAUAGUAAGCAAUUAGGUGAUGGGUUAAAGGAGAGAUUAUUGGCUCUGGGUAGAGAAGUUUUGAUGCAGAGAUCAACAGUGGAGAAGCAAAGAAGAAAGUUAGGUGAAGAAGAACAAGCUGCAGUGUUAUUGAUGGCUUUAUCUUAUGGUUCUGUUUUUGCCUAA